UGUUCUCGAGUCUCGCGAGAACCUAAGAAGUGAUGUUGUAAUGGAGGAAACACGUGUGGUGCAACUUCGAAAUAAUUUAUUGCGCAUCUUGAAGGUGUCACAUAAUUGCAAAGAUUGAGUUUACCAGAGAGACACUAUCAUCAAUUUCUGAAGGUAUUAAAUGAUACAGAGUGUUAAGGAUUAAGGAUGCCUAACUUCAGAGGAAUACUCACAUUUGCCCUGCCUGCUGUAACAGUUGUGUUUGGCUUCAUUUGGUUUUUUGGUCGGAAAAAGACUCCUAAACCGAAACUCUUACCUAAAGAGGACAGCCAGUCUGAAUCAACAGGAAAAAGUUCUGUUCCUUCAUCAAAUGUAACAGAUCUGUCACAAAAAUCAAAGGAAAAAGAGAGCAUCAACAGCUGUGUACCUGAUGAAAAAAGCAGAGAAAAAAGGGGAGAGUUUGAGGAGAAAGAAGAUCAGAGAAAUGGUGUUAUGGCCUCACCUGUGGGGAGUAGGAAAAGGAAGGCCCACCAGAUCACCAGGACGGACGACACCGAGGUGUCAGACGGGGCCGACUCGGUGGAGGAGGAGAUGAAUAAAGAAAACAGAAUCCUGCCCUCACUGUCAGUGUCAGAUAGUACACCAGUACCCAGUCAGAGGGACACCUCGAAUAACUGUCAGUGUGAGGUGGGAUGUAGUCAGAACGGAACAGGGGAAGUAUCGGAAUCAGAACUGAUCCCUGUGAAUGAGAGCAUGAUAAAUGAGAGCUCAUCCCAGUCUCUUUCAUCAUCUCAGUCGUUAUUGUGUGGAGAGAAAACAGCAUUGAUGAAUGAUGCUUUCAUAACGUCAGGCAUUGGUGAACAGAGCAUCCUUGGUGACAAAGAUAAACAAUGUAAGGUAGAAGACAUUUCUCUGUGUACUUCAUUGUGUGAACCUCUAUUGGAGUCCACACUGUUAGACACAACUCAGUCUCAGCCACAACCAGAGGUAGUGGAAGAUGUUACAGACAAGAAAGAGUCUAGUGUCACAGAAAAAGUGCCAUUAGUCAACAUCAAAGAAUCCUCUAAAAAUUCUCCAUUGUCACCCACCUCUGCCACAGAAAAAGUGACAAAACAGUUGAAAGACACUCUGAGCACAGUUAAUGGAACAACACUGAAGAAGAAUUUGCUAAAUGACAAGAAAAAAGAGAAAAAUUCUCAUACUGCUGAAAAAACAGAGACUGAUAAUCACAAAACUGCCAUUGACUCUAAAAAGACCUCAAGUCCAAAACACACAGAUAGGAAGCCUGCCUCACCUGCCAAGAAGGAGAAUCAUCAAAAUGAGCUCAAGAGGAAGAGCAAACAGGAAGUGAAGUCAUUGCCACCGAAGGACAGGUCUAUAAAUAGAAAGACACACCCCUCAGGUGGCAGUGACCAUGUGUUGGAUAAUGGGGUCCAUGGAUCUGAUUCUAAUUCAUCAGGAUGUGAUAAUGCCAGUGAAGCCUCUAAUGACAGUGGCAGGGGACCCAGUAUGACAGACCUUCCUACCCCCAUCACCUCCCCCAAUCAACAGAUGUACCACUGUAACUUUCCUACUGCCAUUUGUGGACGACUGAUUGGAAAGCAUGGGAAAAAUAUCAACUUCAUAAAGGAGAAGUCAGGCGCUAAUAUCACUCUUAGUGCAAACCCUUUCACGCCAGAGUUUCAGCUCUGUAGUAUUGAAGGCACUCAGAGAGAAAUAGAUUCAGCACUGCGACAGAUAGGACGGAAGUUUCCUGAGGUGGAUUUAAGUCCUGUCAACAUUCCGUCCGGCGACGCCCCCCAAUCAGCUGUUCUGAUGCCUGAUAUUAUGCAGGUAAUGCCAGGCAUCUCACAGCUGAGCCUCCCUGAGGGUGUGUCGGUAGAUGUGGUGGUGUCCAGUAUUGUGGACGCAGGACAUAUCUUCAUUCAGCAGCCCACCCACCCCUCCUUCCCCUCCCUAGAACGCCUCAAUCAGUUCAUGAUUGCCUGCUACAUACAGGACGGCCUGGUGCCACAGCUGCCCCGCCCACUCGAAGUUGGCGUUAUAUGUGCAGCACCAAUGCUGAAUGGUUGGUACCGAGCUCAGAUAUCUGCAGUGAGUGAGGACUCAGAUGAGUGUGAUAUCAAAUACGUAGACUAUGGGGGAUUCUCCCGCGUACAAGGGAGUACACUCCGUCAAAUCAGGAGUGAUUUUAUGACACUGCCUUUCCAAGCUUGUGAAUGUUAUAUGGCCAAUAUAACACCACUUCAAGAUGAGGAUUUCUUCAGUGCUGAGGCUGCUGCGGUUUUGGAGGAACUGACACAGGGUAAAAUGUUGCAGGCCCAGGUUGUUGGGCGAAGUGAGGAGGGCAUUCCUUAUGUUCACAUCUACCAGAUUAAUGGGGAAAAGGUUACCUUUGUCAACCGUGAAUUGGUAAACAGAGGAGUGACACGGUGGAUUGAAGUUCUAUCCUGAGUGUAUGUCCCUCCACCACCCGCCAAGAUCAAACCAGCCGAAGCUUCUCGUGUUCACUUCCCAGAAUUCCCAGCAUCACUGGACACAGCUUUUAUCAACAUUGUCUCUGAGCUUCUUUUUUUAUUUGUUUUUGAAGAGGCGUUAUGGUGUGUUGAUCAUUGGUUGAGAGUUAAGACAGUAGCCGUUUCGUUGAAAGCUAAGAGAAUGAAUUGUUAGAGAUUGUCUUAUUGGUUAAGGAGUCAUAAGUGUGUGCUUCUAUUGACUGUCAGUUUAUACAAGAACAAAGAAUCGGAGUGGAGUGCAUAUUGCACUCGAUGUUUGGAUUUUCCUAUAAGUCUUUAUUAUUUUAGAUUUUUUUUUUAAUUGUGAUGCUUUCCUUUCAUGUCAUCAAUUAAAAGGCAGGAAAUGAUACAUGUAUACCUCAAUCUUUCGUAGUCUUCAUAGUUAAUAGUAGUAAUGAUGCUUUACUAUAAAGAAGAAAAGAAUAUUUUAUUAAUUUCAUAUAAUAACUAAAUUUGGUCACUUUAGAAAAGUGUGUAAAGAUAUGUAUAAAGAGAAGUUUUCUAUUCUGUUCUGUUCAAAAAAAAAAGGUUUGUAAUCUGUUCGGUGUUAUAUUCUGAAUAA